AUGACAGCAUCGCGAUCAAGAUCAAAUUCCCGAUCCAGGUCCCGAUCACGAUCCCGAUCCCGAUCCCGACGUGUGUCCAAAUCACGAACUCGAUCAAGAACUAGGUCUCCGAAUGUGAUAGAAGCCAGGCGGAGUAACAGAGGUGGGAUAAAAGGCGGAUCCAGGAGCCGAGGUCGUUCUAGGGGCACAAAGCGAAAGAGGUCUCAAAGCAAAAAGUCUAGAUCUCAUUCAAAGAAACGAAAGCGAGGAGCCAGCUCCAAAAAAAGUAAAGGCGCCAGCUCCAAAAAAACUAAAGGCGGGAAAAGAAAAGGAAAAGGUGGGAAGAAACAAAAGGCAAAACCAUCGAAAGGUCCAAAAGCUCCAGCAGAAAAUCCCAAGUCCGCGAUGGAAGGAAAGGAGCCCACUCCUGCACAGGCCACGGUUGAGUAA